GUCUUCCCCCUCUACCGACCUCCAUCACCUCCCUGUCUUUCAGUGAGAGAGACCAGUGGAGAACGGGAGUCACAGGAAAGACGGGCUCCUCAGCAGCGCAGCAUCCGGUUUGAAGGGGCUAAGUGGACAGAGCAGCCGAUUACUUCUGGAUAUUUUUUUCCUUCAUAUUGCUCAUCAAGUAACUGUCUUGCUGUGUGUUUGUGUGUCAGACAGACUGCUUCAGAGCCACAAACCUGCUAGAAGUCGAGUGCUAUGAAGAACGCCGAGCCUGAAGACAGGAUGUCUUCCAAGCGACCAGCCUCUCCAUAUGGGGGGACAGAUGGAGAGGUAACCAUGGCAACCAGCAGACAGCGAGUGGAGGAUGAGGAGAGUGAGGGACUGGGCGGUGUCAUCCACCUCCCCCUGGCCUCCUACUGCAACAAGGUGUCCCCUCGCUCGCCCCCCAACCGCAACUUGGACAGCCCGCCCAACAUGGAGCAGGAUGGCACUAAGGGGAGCUCCCUGAGUCCUUACCCUCAGCACAAUGCUACCUCACCAGGCAAAGAGGAGGGUGGAGGCGGGGGGCGCCUCUGCAGCGACGGGGGCUCGGCCGCGGGCACCCUGGGCACCCCCGAGAGACGCAAGGGCAGCCUGGCAGACGUGGUGGACACACUGAAACAACGCAAGAUGGAGGAGCUGAUCAAAAACGAGCCAGAAGAGGCCCCCAGCAUUGAGAGGCUGUUGUCAAAGGACUGGAAGGAUAAACUUUUGGCCAUGGGCUCAGGGCACGUUGGAGAAAUUAAAGGUACCCCAGACAGCCUGGCGGAGAAAGAGCGCCAACUCAUGGGCAUGAUUGGCCAGUUGAGCAGCCUGAGGGAGCAGCUCUUGGCGGCCCAUGAGGAGCAGAAGAAGCUGGCCGCCUCACAGAUGGAGAAGCAGAGGCAGCAGAUGGAGCUCGCCAAGCAGCAGCAGGAUCAGAUUGCCCGGCAACAGCAGCAGCUUCUACAGCAGCAACACAAAAUCAACCUCCUGCAGCAACAAAUCCAGCAGGUCCAGGGCCAACUCCCUCCACUGAUGAUUCCUGUCUUUCCCCCAGACCAGCGAACUCUUGCGGCAGCUGCGGCCCAGCAGGGCUUCCUAAUGCCCCCUGGCUUCAACUACAAGCCUGGCUGCAGUGAUCCCUACCCUCUCCAGCUCAUCCCCACAACGAUGGCUGCUGCUGCUGCCGCCACACCAGGUCUGGGACCCCUACAGCUCCAGCAGUUGUAUGCUGCUCAGCUAGCAGCCAUGCAGGUUUCCCCUGGGGCCAAGCAGCACGGAGGCAGCCAUCCUCCCCAAGCCAACCUGGGCACGCACUCGCCACCCACCAACACACAUUCACAGAGUGACAAGGGCCGCAGCUCCCCGCCACCAAAUAAAACCAAGGACAGUGAGGGUGCACAGCCACUGAACCUGUCGGCCAAGCCUAAGGCAUCCGAGAGCAAGUCACCCAACUCCCCCCCAACUUCCCCACAGGUGCCGGCUGCUGCUGCUGCUGCUGCGAACAAGCUGGACCCCACUUCCAUGAAGCACAGCAUUGCCCCCUCCAGCAUUGGAGGACCACCAACCAGAGUCAGCUCAAUUGCAGACUUGUUGUCGUCGCUGUCCUCGACAGCCUACCUGAACGACCACGAGGCGGUGACCAAGGCCUUCGCCGAGGCUCGGCAGAUGAAGGAGCAGCUGAAGAGAGAGCAGCAGGUGCUGGAUGCCAAGGUGGCAGCCGUCAGCAACCUCAGCCUCAACAACGGCCGCUCAGACAAGGACAAAGCUGCCUUGGAGAGUCUGAGUCAACAGCUGAAGCAGCAGGCCGAGAACAAGUUCAGCCACGCCAUGCUGGACUUCACCAUGAGUGGAGACUCUGACGGCUCUCCCAGCGUGUCAGACUCCAGGAUAUUCCGAGAGUCUCGGGGUCGUGGCAGCAGCGAGCCGCACAUCAAAAGGCCGAUGAACGCUUUCAUGGUCUGGGCCAAGGACGAGAGGCGAAAGAUCCUCCAGGCCUUCCCCGACAUGCACAACUCCAACAUCAGCAAGAUCCUUGGCUCACGCUGGAAAGCCAUGACCAACCUGGAGAAGCAGCCGUACUACGAGGAGCAGGCUCGGCUCAGCAAGCAGCACCUGGAAAAAUACCCCGACUACAAGUACAAGCCACGGCCCAAACGCACUUGCCUGGUGGACGGCAAGAAGCUGCGCAUCGGCGAGUACAAGGCCAUCAUGAGGUCCCGCAGGCAGGAAAUGAGACAGUACUUCAGUGUGGGGCAGCAGGGUCAGCUGCCGUUGUCCUCUGCAGGCGUCGUUUACCCAGGUGCCCUAUCCAUGGCGGGGAUGCCCUCACCCCAGAUGCCCUCAGAGCACUCGAGCAUGUCCAGCAGCCCCGAGCCCAACGCCAACCACCACCAGAACCCCAGCAUGCCUGGCCUCAAGGGGGAGGAGCCGCGAAUCAAGGAGGAGGAGCUCAGGCUAGACGACAGCAAUGGCGACGUGUACGACGACUUUGACUACGAGGACGAAGAUGGCGACUACGCCAGCGAUAACGAGAACCAUAUCACCCAAUAGGACGGCAUCAGCACCGCCUGCUUUUUUUUUUUUUUUGUAAGCCAAUCACCGCUGGUUAAUCUCACAAAAUCCCCACCAAUCAGGAAGAAACCUUUCGCUUUUGCCAAUCGCUUUGGAACCAGUUUCACCGCCCCCCCCCCCGACUAACAUGGACUCUUCUAAUAGAGCCAGAUCCACUCCCUUCCCCUUCCUCUCCCCCCCCCAGAGUCCUGAUACCAGCAUCUUUUGAUCAAUCAACCGAAGCACAGGACCUGUCACUCACACUGACUGUUACACACUGACUGGAGGAAGAGACGACCAAGACAGUUCUGAAGCUCGCUGAGGAAUACCCACAUAGUACUGCAGGUGUUAGUGUAAUGCCACGAGUGAAGAGAAAGCAACAUGGCUCUCAGAAAGCAACCUUUUAGUCCCGUUUGUUGAAGAAAAACUGAAAAACAGAGGACCUGUUAAAGGCUAACAUGACACUUUAAGAUGGCGGACCUGUUUAUUAUCAAGAGACAUUUUUAAAAAUAAAACGGCUUUUUUUGUUCUUUGGUUCUAUAAUAUUCUCACUCAGGUACACGGUGCCAAUAAGUGGCUUGUGAAUGUGAUUUGUUGUUUUUGUGCUACAAGUUUGAAUAAUAAUAGAAAAAAGAGACUUUUCUUUUUUCCCCUUUUGUUGUAAAGCACCUGAAAGACAUGAGACAUUUAUUUUUAACAAAAAGAUAUCUUUUCUUCAACCUCGCAGUGUGCUGUCAGCAAUCCCCCCCCAAUUUUUCUCCCCCUUUGUGUUUUUUUUGUGAACGCCCGCUUUACCCCCCCUCCUUGCAUCGCAUGGAAUCAACUGGGACGGUCCAGCCGGGACUGACCAGCACAAAGUGGACUGUCCCACUUUGAGUGGAUUUUCGGUGUGUGGGGAGGGGCGGGUUGCAGCAAAGGGAAGUCUCUCUGGCGUCACGGAGCAGAAACAAAAGCACUGUGUUGCGAGACAAUCCACCGGUUUCCUUCUCGCUCCAUCCCUCUAUCUCGAUCUCGUCCAGGGCAAAAAACCCCCACACGUCAGUGCGACUUCGAUCGAAACAUCCCAACAGUGCGAGUGUGUGUCAGUGUGUGUGCUCCACCAUUGGACGUUUGCACACGCGCUCGCAAAAAGAAAGCUAAUAAUACUGCAGAAAGACAGGCAACUAAUGCUGCUGCUGUUAUUUCCUGUAACACACACACACACACACACUGUGUUCUGUCCAGUGUUUUCCUAACCCCCCACCCUCCAAUCAACGUUGUCCUGCUGUAUUGCAGUGGGCGGAGCUGAGGUGAAGUCAGCCAGUCAGUGUUUCUGUUUGUAUUUGAAUACUGUAUUUUAUUAUUUCUCUUCAAACUGCCUCUAGUCUAAUAAUAUUAUUAACAAUAAUUAUAAGGAUGGUCAACGUUUCCUAAGUUUAGUAAGUUAUGUACAGUAUAAUUUAUUUUUCUCCUCUUUAUUGGGUUUUUAUGACCAUAUGAAACAGUCAAUGAAGCAUUAUUCUAUUUAGCUGGUAGGUAUUUAGAUCUAAACAAAAAGUUGUCAUUUUACCUUGCUUUGUUUUGCAAUUUUAUUUUAUGUUAUUUUAUUUUUGAUCCCCUCCUAUUAAUCCUCUGCGGGCGGGUGAGCUGGACUGACAGACAUGGACGCCAGCCUUCGUCCGAACUGAAGACGUAACCCUUUUUAUCAUGUCCGAACCCAUUUCUAAGAAGCACUCAGACUCUGUGCAGUCAGAGAAGAAGAACAUGAUUUUAUAUUGUUAUUAUAAUUUUAUUUGUAAUGAUUAUCAUAAUGUAUAAUGUGAAUUUCCUCUUCUUCUUUUUUUUUAAAUUUUUACAUGUUUUUGGUUUGUCACUUUUUCUGUGAACAGAGACCCGUCCCCGUUUACUAGUUUGGCUGCCUCACGGCGACACAGUGGAACAUCUUUGGCAUGGAUCCACACACACACACACACACACACACACACACACACACACACACACACACACACACACACGCACGCACGCACAUACACGCGCGCGCGCACUGGGGGAUGCACCGAUGAAAUUCUGGGCCGAUACCAACACUGAUGUUUAUAAUGUAGCUGACAGCCAAUACCAAUAUUUUUUCAGUGUCUUUCUUUUGUACAAAAAUAUACUGACCUGUUUGAAAGUCUUUCAGAUCUUCAUCACACAUUUUUGAACAUUCUGAAUAAAGAAUGUCUUAUUUGUUAAUAUCCCGAAAUCAGCAGGAUUGAAUAUCGGCCAAUAACGAUAUUAGGCCGAUAUAUCGGCCAUUUUUUAUAUAUAUAUAUAUAUAUAUAUAUAUAUAUAUAUAUAUAUACACAUUUUUUUUCGUGGGGGGUAUUUAUACACCCCUUUUUUUACCAGUGAAGCAAUGAAAUUGUUUUUAAAGAGAUACCACCUGACCAGUUUUAGAGUCUUUUAUUGGAUAUUUUAAAGAAUUAAUCCAAAUAAAACCUAUUUGCCAAUAUCUGUCAACGGGGGUCAAUAUUAGCUGAUAGUAUAUUCAACCGAUAUAUCAGUACAUCCCAAAUGUGCAGAUACAACACAUACAGGCACAUUUCAAAUGAAGAGAUUAUCAUGACAACCAAACAAAUCCUAUGCUGUCCUUUUUGUUUCUUGAAAAAAAAUCCUGUAUAUAGACAUUUUUUUUGUUUUGUUGUUGUUGUUUUUGUUUUUUGUGGUAGCAGUGACUUUUUUUUAAUCAUGAGAAAGCAGUGUUUACUGCGAUCCACCAAGGCUGUUCCACUGUGUGCGCGUGUGGGUCUGCAGUAUCUUCAUCAGGAGCCCUUUGCUUUGUUUGAGCUCCACACGAUGCUACAGGAGCCAUGACUGCUCUUCAGGUGUGCUGUUUUCAUGUCACAUUCUCGCUUAUAGAUGUUUCCUACAUGCCACAUAAAAGCUUCUGGUCUUAAUUUCGCUGUAUAGUCACCCCUGUUAUCACACCUUUGUUGAACCCCAUGCUGGAAAGAGGGGACUAAAUGAAUAAGUCCAUUUUUUUUAAACAGUAUCAGGAGGGUGGGUGUUUGGGUGGGGCAUUAAGAGAUCAGUCAUCCCUGCUGGCAAGGUCCGUCCCCAUAUCAAGACAAUGAAAAUGAUGAUGAUGAUAUUAUUUAAGACAAUCAAAGUCAUGAGUGGAGCUCAAAACAAAGUGAGAAUUAUUACUAGUAAACAAAAAAAAAUAUCUUACCAUCUCAACUUGAAAAUUCAAGAAAGAUAAUUAUGUAAAUAUAACAUAGAGUUAUAGAUUUAUAUUUUGUUCAUAACACAGUGUAAUAUAAGUUGUAUAUUUCUUUUUUUUUCUUUCUCUCCCUACUGUCUCUUUUAUUGAUGUUAUCCAUGCCACAGAAAAAGCAAGAGUCACAGCGCUCGCACAAAAAAAGAAGAAAAAUAUCAAAGAAAUAAAGAAAAACAGGGGAAAAAAGCCGUGGGCUGCCACCACCAUCUGUUCUAAGUUCACUUUUUUUCAGUAUUACUGCCAGACAAGGCUCUAAUAAAGACAGCAAUGU